CGCUCUUUGAAUGGAACUAACAGUGCGCAUGUUGUGGAGGUCUGGUACCCAGGCUGUUUUAAUAAGCCGUUUGGUCGUCUGGUGCUCAGUUGUAGCUAACACUCUGCUGAACGCUGGUCGUUCACGGCAAAGACGGGACUUCACUUACUUAGUCGCGAAGAAAAUAUUCACUUACAAACACCGGACUACUUAUUACUGCAGUAAUCAAGAAAAUAAAUUUCAACCAUUGUUUAAUUUUCAAGUGAAAUAAAAAAAAAAUAUUUUUAUUAAAAGAAAUUAAUUUUAAAAUAAUUAACAAUUUGGAUCAGGAUAUAGUUAACACAAAAAGCGGAUAGUAAAAACACAGCGAACAAGGGGAAAUAAUUCGAGCUGCUUGAAGAAUCCGCCUACGGUGUAAGCGAGAUAUAAAGUUACCUGUAAUAGACGUGAAGUCAGUGUAAAUUAGAAGCACGCUGAUAGGCAACAAAACAAAACAAAAAGUGAAAUUGUUUUAGGAAAAAGUGAUUAUAUUUCUUUCUUUUUUUGGAAUACUACAAUACAUUGGAUUAUUAUACAACAAGUAGAAGUAUUCUGUGUCAUUUGUGAAAAAGAUUUCAAAUCAAACGGAUUAUCUCUCUCAGUCAAUGUAUUAAUUUAGCUCACGUGGACAAUACAACGAAUUACAAGAUGCAUAUAUCACAGUGUUUAUUAGCUUUUAUAUUUGCUGUCUGUGUAACAGUAACGGUGGGGGAGUAUGAGGUGUAUAAUGACGUCACCACGGACGAACCAGAAAACAUUUUUGAGAACGAAGAGCUUAUCCCUGUUGAUGUUUUGGCGAAAAUGGCAGCUAAGGCAAACAGAAGGAGCUUAAGGUCUGUAAGUAACGAGCAGGAAGGUCAUGGUGCCACUUCAACGACAAAGACACAGGCUGCGAAAGUCACGCAGCCCAAACCCAGCAGCACGGCGGCAAAAACCACGACGCAGUCCAAGUUCACCAAAGUCGUACAGGUCGUGCAAGACGCUAAAGAAAAAUCCGACGACACCGUGGAUUUAGCCAGCGAAGGUUUUUUAGCCGUCCAGGAAAAAGCCAAAUCGGGCACAAGUCGUAAACUUGCUGAGGUUGUCGUGGAGGAUUCAUCAGAGCAGAUUGAACAGGAGAGCGUCCAAGUAGAUGUUCCGGUUUCUCAUGAAAAUGACGAUUCAUUAAAGCCGGAAACACUUAAAGCGGAACCGGAAGAGCCUUACAAAAGUUUGGACGGUAACCCUGACAACGAUAGAAUCCUUGCCAUCGCCUGCCAAGACCAGACGAGCUGGGCUUGUCUCGUGUUCAAAGAGGAUUACAUGGCCAUGAAGAAAACAUGGAACCUUUCAGAAGACAAUAUCGCCAAACUUCGAAAGAAAAGACAAGUGACCUCCCCACCAAAGACCACAUCACAAAACAGGAUAGCGGAAGGAUCAGGUACAGUGUACGACCCUGAAAAGAAAGUUGUCGCACCUGACAUCAUUGUACAGUCUCAGACCAAGUUUAAGAUAAAUUCUAAGAAUCCAAACAACGAUGCAAUCAUGAAAAAAUUACAAGAACAGCUCUCUCAACAACUCAACCAAGCAUUUAGGGACUUCCCUGGAUUUAAAGGCAUUGAAGUCACAGAGUACACACAACAAAACGGUGAAGUAAUAGCGAAAUGGAACCUGAAAUUAGACGGCAACAACACAGGAAGCAACGGCAACAGCAACAGCCUCUUCUCCCAGGGCAACCAGACCAUUCUGGAAGACUUGGUCAACGGCCUGCUGAAAAACGCAAGCAACAAUUUCCGGAAUAUUUUCAACAUUCCGGAACUGGAAAUACAAGACCCCUUCCUUCCCAAUCUAGCCCAACUUAUUACCAAUGCUACAGCCGACCCCUGCAGUAGUUUGGAAGUUUGCGAACCAGGUUACACAAGUUGCCAAGUCGAAGACGCGAAAACAAGAACCGUCACAUGCUUCUCAGAGUGUUCGGUCUUUACCAAGGAUAAACAGUGCGCUCAUAAUGGAGAGUGCGAGCUAGACCUCAACCACAAGCCAUAUUGCGCAUGUACGUCAAAGUACGAAGGCGAGUAUUGCGAAAAGUUAAAGAAAGUCGAGAAACUGGAUGCUGGUGAGAUCUCUGGUGUGGUCAUCGGCGCUGUGGUGGCGGCCGCUGGGGUCGUCGGCUGCUGCUUCUGGGUGCUGGCCUGCCGGAAGUCUGACAAGAAUAUUGCCUUUAGCCAUUAUUCUGAUGACAACGGCAGUGACCAGUUCUCUAGUCCAUCCAGUAAACUUAGUGCCUUUGUUAUCGAUAGGCCGCAUAUAUCCGUAAAUCCAAUCCAAGUUUUCCGGCCGACGCCGCCUAGUUCGGCGGGGUCACCGCCAGCCUCAACAGGAGGCUCACAUCGCAGCGUAGGCAGACAGUCGUCCUUAGGCUCCAUCGAGUCGGGCCCACCCAGAGCUCCGAAGGGCAAACAGAAAUACCCAUAUUCUAAAGCAUAGUCAUUUUCUUUUUCGAAUUGUUGUUUAGAAUAUUCAAAUUAUUUCUUUUUGUACCUUAUGUGGCAGAGCUACGCAAAAUUUGACAACUUUUGUAACGUUUUAUCUGGACAAUAAAAUAAAAUCCAACGUUAAUUUUUAAAAAAUACCUAAAAUCAGAUAUAAAACAU